AUGGACGGCUUGGGCCCACAGGACGGCCUCCAGCGCCAGUCGUCAUCUCUGUUUGACUCUCCGUACUACAACACAUCGCCAAAUGGCCACGCAAAUAGCACCUCUAUGAACUGGAAUGUUCAUACAGCCCAUUUUUCGGCUGGUGUGAGCCCACAUCAAGCCCAAACGCAUGCUCUUCCACCGUCGUCGGACGCUCUGGCCGCGAUGGUAUUCUCACUCGACGCCAACGAGCUGCGCUCAGCGUCGGUCGGGGCAUGGAGAGUGCUACUGCUCAGGCAACAGAUGUUUUCUAUCGGAGACACUAUGCAGUACCCGUCCAUGUUUGCAAUGUCCGCAUCGCUCUCGUCGCUGCCGACGCACGACACUCGGGCAAUUUCACCCUCCGCCAGUCUGAGUGCAAAUCCGGCGGACAUAUCACCGCUUGCACGGCGUGCUCACUCACGUCACAUCUCAUUGAACUCUGCCUUUGAGCCCGAACCCCUUACCCUCAGCCCUACGUCAACGUAUUCUCGAGGGUCCCGGCCAUAUGUUCGCGCGAGCUCGCCAGCGUCUAGUAUCGCCAGUUCAUCCGUCACAUCAAUUAGUGGGAGCAUAAGCGCACAUAGCCAGUCAACAUGGUCAUCGACCAAUGAGUCUUCGCCGUCACGGGUGCUCGAUGCAGACGACCUAUCCUCGAGCGCUUCUCCGGACGGGAACAGGUCUGCCCGUGAGAAGCACACGAAGAAUAAACUGCGGAACGCGGAUAGGAAAGCCAUGUGCAUCUAUGCAACUGAGAACCCAAACGUCCGUCAAGAAGAUAUUGCCGUUCGAUUUGGCGUUGAACGAAGCACCGUCUCCAAAGUCCUCAAGAACAAGGCGCAAUGGCUAAGCAUAGAGGACGAGGAGGAACUAAAAAUCGCUAAGCACAGGCCAACCAAGUUUCCCGAGAUCGAAAAGGACGUUCUUCAAUGGGUCCAAGAACGAGUUGCGGCCGGCGAAAUUGUGUCAGAUGCUGGGCUCAAAGAACAGGCGAAACUGUCGGCACGACGAUAUGGAAUUGGCGAGGACAUGUUCAAGGCGUCCGGCGGUUGGAUAGAAAACUUCAAGAACCGGAAUCGUAUAAAACGAGGGCGAAUCAACCCACCGCGGUCGGAGCGCUCUCGAUUGCAGACGUCUGACAGCGUUUCCAUCGCAUCACCUGCCGAUGAUCCCAAGUUUGUGGAUUCGGUUCGGCCCAUGUUCAACGCACUGUCCAUGGGGGACCCUUCGAGGCUUGCCCACGCGACGCCUGUCGAGCACGCUUAUGCGACACGGAGCAAGACAAUCAACGCUUAUGAGCUGCAGCAAUCGGUUGAAACCUUGAACACCUUUCUCUACGAGGUGUAUCCAGAGGGCUUCACCGCCGAGGAGCGGAGCGUUUUCAACGCCAUCAAAGAGCGAACUGCACGAUGGGCCAUAGAGCAAAUGCGAACUGGCCUUUAG